AUGUGCAAAUAUCUGAGCUUUAAUUGUGUUAAAAAUUUACUUUAGGGCAUUGACAUAUUUGGUUUAGCAGUUACGUUUAGAAUAUUUUCACAGAAAAAUCAUAAAACUCAUUUUGGAGGGUUUGUUACACUGUUGAUUGUUUUUCCUAGUUCAGUUAUAUAACAGUAAAACUAUGUAUUUCAACCAGAGCCUUUUUAUUUUACUCCAAAGCUUUUUUCUUUUGCAUUUGGACUUUAAGACUCUUUUGGCAACAAUUUCAUAGACGAAAGGGUCUAUAAAGUAAAGUCUACUUUGUAAAUAAAUAGAAGAGUGUUGAAUAAUCUAACUGGGAAAUAUGAUCUUGUUAUAAGUUAAAGAGAUGUUUCAUUAGUUAGGUGUACUCUAGAACACUUUUAAGUUGAUGGGACUUAAGAUUACUUUAUAAAACUUCCUAUUGAUUAGCUCUAUUGCUUUGCAUUAAAUGAAACAUAAAUAUAUAUUGAAGGUGAGUUUUCAGCUUUGAAUUUUACAUAAUUUAAUAUAUAAAUAUCUGAAUGUACAGGCAAUUAAUGUCUUGAUACUAUGUAAAGAUAAAAAAUUUUAUUCAGUCCAAGACUUGGGAUUUACACAAUUGAUAAUAUUAUUUAAAUUACAAAUAAUGGUAAACCUUAUGUUUCUGUAGGAAAAAACUUAUUUUGGGUGUCUGGAUUGAGCUUUUAAAAGGAAAUACGUUAUAAUUUGGUAAAUAAUUAUGUUCACACAGAUGACGGUUUAAUUGCACAAAAUAAUAGAAUAGACCGAAUAGUUUCUUACUACGAUGAUACGGAGUAGAUUCUAGAUAGAAGCUCGCCACUUCUCUUUAACUUUUAUAUUGAUUAUGAAAAGAAUAAAGAAAUAGUUUAUUAUAGGUAAUAUCCUAAAUUAGUCAUGCUUUUUUCUUAGUUAGGAGGUACUUUUAAUGUUUUAGUUGGAAUAGGAUGUCUAUUGUGUUGGCCAAUUUCUUAAUUAGAGUUGAAUAGGAAAAUUAUAAAUUCAGCUUUUAAUAUAGAUUAAUCCGUAAUUGAUCUGAUAGAAACAAAAAAGGAUUCAAAAAAAAAAAGUAAAGACAAAUCUGAUUUUUAAAUAAAGAAUAAUUAAAUAUAAUAAAGUAAUCAAAAUUACAGCAACAAAUAAGAUACGCAUAUUGAUCCUGAACAUGCUAAAAACUCCCAAAAAUUAUAAUCAGAAACAGCAUAUCAAAGUUAAGAUCGAAUUUUCAAAAUUUUUUCUUAAUCAUUUUCCUAAGUAAAGCUCAAAUUAAGAGAUUAUAUAAUGACUUAUUUUAACUUUUUUUGCAGCAAAAAAUCCAACAAAUCUCUCAUGAUUAAAUAUGGGACAGACAUUUUAUACAGUCACAUAGAUAUUUUUAAUAUAGUCAAUAAACUCAUAGAGUUAGAAAAGCUAAAGCAUUUGCUGCUUAACGAGGAUUAAAUUAAAUUAUUUGAUUAUCUUCCUAAACCAACACUAAAAUUGCCGAAAGCAGAAGAUCAAAGCAUGUUAAAAAAUAAUAAACUUGCUUCAUUAAAUAAAGUAACUUUAUAAGUAUCUUAAGAAAAUGAUUAGUAAGAAAUUAAACUAGAUUAAUUGAGUAAUCAAAGUACCUAAGUUAAUAAUUAAUCCAGUCUACUUUUUAUGCCUCAAAAGACGUCUGAAGAAAAAGCUAAGGAAGCUCAUGAAGCUUUUAACAAAAUAAUAAACUAAUCUUCAAAUAUUAAUUCAGAUAUUGAUAAAAAGUUAAUUUCUAUGAUAGAUAUAAAUUUAUUAUCAUAUUUUAAAUAAAAUUUUGAUUAGCCUUUUAAUAAAAGCAUUUAAUUUAAACCCUUUUAAUUUAACUAAAUUGCCUAGAAAAAUUCAUAUUAAGUAAAUCCAGAACCACAAACAGAAAAGUAAAUAGUAUAAUAAAUUGAUAAUUUCGUUACAGAAGAAGAUUGCAUCAAUCCUUUUUAUGAGUCUAAGGCAAAGCACUUGGCAUCUAAGGUUUUUGGUGAGACAAGUUCUAAUAAAUAAGAAGAUUAAACCUCAAUUUCAGAAUCAAGUAACUACAGAGAUUUUUCUUAGUUAAGUAAACAUAAAAUGAUUAGAAAUACUGCUUUAAAAAUUAAAAUAGACUCAAGCUAUGCUUAUUCAAUAAAUUAACUAUGA